AUGGAUACGUCUGCCCGUAAUCUGGCUGCCACCUACCACGCGGCAAUCGGUGCUAUGGCAGCUGCAGUGACUGAGGAACAGAAGACUAGCAGUAUCAUGCACAUAGAGACCUACAUCAAAACCCUUGUUUCGCUGGGUAUAUGGGACGACAAAUUGUCUCUCGCUUGUCUAGAGCUCGCUCGACUCCACUUCGGUAAGUAG